GCUACUGGAUGCGUACGACUCAUUCAAGUUUUUGGAACUUCGUAAACAAUGUGUUUUUUUACAAGUUUUCUCUGGAAAGGAUGUGAUUUUUAUGUUUUUUUCUGAAGUCAGUUAUCAAGAUUUAAUCGGCCGCUAAAAAAAGUGUUAAAAAUUAUUCAUCAGCGUUGUGAUAAGAUUAAAUUAAUUCUCUUGGAUUAUUAUUUAUAUUUCUUAUUACAUUUCGCAUCCAGUGGUUUAUCAUUUCUUUAGUGCUGAAAGUGUGAUUCUUCAUUCGGAAUAGUUCUUUUUGGAUCAUUAUAUUCGACUUUUACUGAAACAUUCGAAUCGGCGGAAUUCUAUUGACAGAUUUUAUACUAAAUGAUAUUUAAUGCAUUGCUUGUUUUAAAUAUACAAUUUUAUACAAUUUUAAAAUUUAACAUUGAAUAGAAAAAGUAUAAAAAAACAAUUACAGCCAAAUUUAAACGUCAAGGAAUAUUUUUAGAAAUCCAAUUUGGAUUUCUUUUGUGUGUUAAAAGACAUUUUUAGAUCCUUGCGUUGUGUUUUUUCGAAUAUUAAAUGUUCGAUUCUAAAUCAGUUUUCAGUCUAAUUAACCCUAAACACGGAAGUUAAAAUAACAGGUCUGUGAACCAAUGGUGUGGAACUCUUAAUUUAUUCUGACAGCGUUCUAUUGUGUGACAUCAAGUUUGGCAGCAGCAGUUGAUGAUGUGUGUUCAUUGUCCCUACCUUCGCUAAGAAACGGUUGUUGUGUGAUUUAAAGCAUAAAAAGAAGUUCAAAAAUUAUCUUGAAAAAAAACUGUCGUUUUGGAAAAAGCGAUAAGUAUAGAAUGAGAUGAAGACCACUGGUAUGGUCUGUUGGAAUGUUCCUAUUGAAGUAGACUGGUUUGAUAUUCGGCAACAGUUAAAUGAACAAUUGAAAUGCCUGGAUACACGGGUGGAGACUCAGGCAAGCCUUGUUGCAGAAAUCCAAGACUACUUCCGGCGGAGAGCAGAAGUAGAGUUGGAGUACUCCAAGAAUUUAGAGAAGUUGGCUAAAGGUUUACUGCUCAGGCACAAAGCGGAAAAACAAAAGCGGGAACAAUGGCAUUUAUUUUCUUCCUAUAACUGUUGGCAACACUUGAUUAAUACUACUCGAAGGCAAAGCAGAGAUCAUGCUGCCAUCAGUGAAAUCUAUGCCAAUCACAUAAUCAGUCGAAUGACCUGCAUCAUAGAAGAUGUCCAGAGGAUAUACAGAAGAUGCAGAGAAGUUGGCAUAGAAAUUCAUGAUGAACUUUUGAAGGUUUUACAUGAAUUACACACAACAAUGAAAACAUAUUACACUUAUCACAAUGAAGAAAAACAAGCUGAAGGUAAGCUAAGUUAUGUAGAAGCUCAGAAAAGUAAAUUAGAACAAACAAUUCCUAAGGAAAAACUGCAAAGAUCCAAAAAAUUUCGCCUCAUUGAAAAAGAAAUCCAGAAACGUCGAUUGAAGUACAAUGAUGCAAAACUGAAAGCUUUAAAAGCUAGGAAUGAUUAUUUGCUUUGUAUGGAUGCAAGCAAUGCUGCAAUUCACAAAUACUUUGUUGAUGACUUAUCAGAUAUCAUUGAUUGCAUGGAUUUUGGCUUUCAUACAUCUAUUGCUCAUACUCUCAUGGUUUCUAUUAAUGCUGAAGAGUGCCUUAAAAAGUCCCAGCAGGCCAGCAUUGAUGGGAUGAAUAAGUGCAUUACUAAUUUAGACUCUCGUGUUGAUAAACAGCGUUUUUUGGAGUACAAUAACUCUGCUUUCAUGGUGCCAAAGAAGUUUGAAUUCCAGCCACAUAAAGGAGAUGAAGUCACCCAGAUAAGUGUGGAAAAGCCUAUACAAGAAGAGUUGGAACAAAGAUUCAAACAUGUUAAUAAUAGGCUUACAACCUUAAAAACAGAAAGUGAAGAGAUCUGGAAAACAUUGGAGACAGCUGAAAAGACAUUGUUAGAAAUGCUGAGUGCAAAAGACUUCGAUUGUGCUGUUCUGUUUGAAGAAGAUGGGGCCAAUAGGAAUGGUCUGAAACAACCUGAAACACUUGCCUUAAAACGUAGAGCUGAUAAACAGGAAACUGAAGAUUUUUAUUUAAACAAAUUUUCAGAAUACAUUAUGACGAACAAUUUGAUUGCCCGCCUUCAAGCCAAAUCUGACCAGAUUGCUCGAGGUCUAGGUAUAGAAGGUGAACAAUCUGCUGUAUUACCUGGAGGAGCUUCCCCACACAUUGCUGCUCGGCCGCACAAUUUACCUCAAAGGCUUCGAAAGAAGCGUAUUGGACGCACACCUAUGGUUGGUCAGCCAAAACUCUUUGGCGGAAGCUUAGAAGAGUAUUUAGAAGCAACAAACCAAGAGAUACCUUUGAUAAUAAGAAGUUGUAUAAGAGUGAUCAAUUUAUAUGGAUUGCAUCAUCAAGGUAUAUUUAGAGUAUCUGGUUCACAAGUUGAAAUAAAUAACUUUAAAGAAACAUUUGAACGUGGAGAAGAUCCAUUGGCUGAUGUAUCCGAUGCUAGUGAUAUUAACUCAGUUGGUGGUGUGCUAAAGCUUUAUUUGAGAGAACUACGUGAACCACUCUUUCCAAUAUUUUAUUUUGAUCAGCUUGUUGAUAUUUCUCAAGUUGAUUCUAAAAAGGAAUUUAUCUAUAGAGUUAGAGAAGUCAUCAACAACUUACCUAGAACUGUUGUUAUUGUAUUGAGAUAUCUUUUUGCAUUCCUGAACCACUUGUCUGAAUUCAGUGAUGAAAAUAUGAUGGACCCAUACAAUCUAGCCAUCUGCUUUGGUCCAACUCUUCUUCCGAUUCCUGAAGAUAAAGACCAAGUUCAGUAUCAGAAUUUAGUAAAUGAACUCAUUAAGAACAUCAUUAUUUACCAAGAGGAAAUAUUUCCUGAUGAUGGUGGAAUGGUUUAUGAAAAAUAUAUCAGCACUCAUGUUCCUGAUGAAAAUGAUGUCGGUGAUUCUCCACCUGAUCCAGUUUCAGAUCUAGCAGAUGAUUCAGAAGUGGAUACAGUGCAAAGUGAAGAUGAUGCAGUAUUUCCUGAACAGGAGAUAGCCAUCAAUUUAUUUGGCAAAACGGAAGUGCUUGAAGCUGUUGCCCAGUUUGAUUUUAAUGCCAGGUCACAAAGAGAGCUUUCCUUUAAAAAAGGAGAUACUCUGCUUCUCCAAAAUCAAGUAUCUAAUGACUGGUGGCGAGGAAGCUUCCUUGGAAAGGAAGGUCUCAUUCCAGACAAAUACAUCCUCUUGAAAAUUAGAGAUGAGGAUAAAGACAAGAGUAGCAUGGAUGGUAGCGAGAAGAGACGUACCAGUAGCAGCAGUGAUUCAUUAUCUGGCAUCAGUCAUAGCCCUAAGUCUUUGUCUACUUCAGGUGUCCCUGAAGACUGUAGUUCUACAUCAUCUUUGGAUAGGAGAAGUCUUAACAGUCUUCAUCCUCAAACUCCUGAAUGGGAAGGCAGUCAGCCUCCAUUUCCAACUAAAAGUGAACCUUUUGUUGAGUCUGAACCCAUCGAACUGGAAACUACCCAAGUUCUAGAUCUUGGAACCACUAAUGACAACACUGAACCUGAAAAAGCUAUUGUCAGUACACAGACAGCACAAUUCUACGAUGAAAGCAACCGUAGACCAAAGAAAUCCUGCAAGGAUGCUCCAGAUCUUGUGUUAGAUCUUCCUAUUAACUUACCUAGUCCAGUUUCUGGUUUAAAAAAUGGCAAGAGUCCAGCAGACGAUAGUUCUCUGACAAGCCCAUCAAGCAGCACGGACAGUCCAGAGUUGACUGCAGCCGAAAGGUUUGCCAAAUCCAACCAGUGCACCAUGAAAAAGGGAACGAUGUCCCGUAGCGCAAGCCACGUCACGGGACCUCCUUCUCUUGAUGCACAAACACAAACUUUUUAUGCUGUGAGACGUAGUGCUAGCACUGGGGACAACUUAGGACCUUCAUCUCCAGAUCUGACUGUUGAUUCCAAAGAUAAAAUUGUGUCGGGAGACUCCCAAUCUGAAACAGUAUCUUUCCCUCAAUCAAAUGGUAAAGCGAGUGUGAAAGUCGAAACAGUUGAACUCAACUGGAGUAAAACAGAUAAGACGAAUAGUGAAACUAAAAGCAAACCAGAAGCUGUUGAAGCGGAGAAAGGGGAAGUUGUUGGAGGUGGAGUGUCCUCUUUCAAACCACCUAUUAAAAGCAAGCCACCUCCAGUCAUGAAAAAACCAAAUCGAGCUGAAAUUAAAGCACAAGAAGUGUACCAACAAACUGCAUGCUGAAUAUACUUAAAAGUCAUAUGUUGGAUUACGUGGUUACUUUUUAUAAAAAUGCUGAUAGAAACUUUUAUUUGUAUGGAGUUGUUAUUUCUAAUAGAGUGAAGGAAAGCCAAAGGAAAACGAUUCGUAUAGUUUUUUAAAUUGUAUAGGACUCUUUUAAGAAACUUAAUAUUUUCCGCUUUUAGAAAGGUUUACUCGCUGACUGUUGGAGGCAAGAUGUGUUUUUGUAAUGCUUGCUGUAAAAUAUUCAGGGAGGAUUUCUUUUUAGUAUGUCUUUAUUGAAAAUCAUGUGUGGGUGCACAGCUCAUUUUUAUUGUUGAGUGUUUAAUUUUAUUGGAAUCCAUUCAAUUUAACUCCAAGUGAGAUCUUAAUGAGUCAUAAAAUUUGCUUCUUUUUGAAAAGAAUUGUUCAAAAUGUAUUGUUAAAACUUCUCAUAUUUAUGAAUUUGUAAUGCAAAAGGUUCCUAUUUGUGUGCUUUCCAAUUUUUUGUGGAUGCAUUUUCAAAGUUGCCGAGUCAGACAUUUGUGUUUUUUCUGCUGUCAUUUGGUGAGUAGUGGACAGUUUUUUGAAAGAAUGUAUUUAUUUACAAUCAGUGAAUCUUUCAAAGUCAAGAAGCAUUUUCAAUUAUGAGGUUUUCUUUGCCUCGAUAUAAAUGUUAAGAUGCAGACCUAAGCUUUGUGACUUAGACUUUUCUAGACUGAAAUGCUGUGGUUUACAUGUAUAUUUUGUAAUGCUAGCUUUCAGGCAUUAUUCUGGAAAACCUGUCAUGCUACGAAUAUAUUAUUUCCAAGAAUGUACUGUAUGUUUAAGACAAAACUACCAUUUUGAAACUUUUGGAAAGUGUUUGUGCUGAAUGAAUUAAUAUUUAUAUAUAUAAGGUAAAUGUGAAGUGUAUUUGUAUGCUGUUUUUUUUAACGAGAAAUGUUUUUAUAAGAAAGUAGUUAUUACAAAUCAUGUCAUCCAUUUAAUUAUAUGUGCUGUGAAGGAAAUUACAAGCUUGCAUGCUAAAUGCUAAAAUUUGGCAACUGCUCUGAUUAUGAUUGGGAGUAUUUUGUCAUUUAAAUAAAUUUUUGUUUAUAAAGUUCAAUUUCAGAUUAAAAUUAAUACUUGUGUAUGCAAAAAAUGCACUUUAAAAUAAUUUUCUGUUAGAUGAUUUUUUAUUACAUCAAAUAUUCAACUUCACACAAAGUAGUUGGAAACAGAGUUUUAUAAAUCGUUAAAUAAUAAAACACUCUAGUUUCUUUCCUACUAAAGCACAUAAUUCGAUAGCAUUGCUAAAUUUAUUUUAUCUGUCCUUUUUUAUCACUUUUCAACUCCAUGUCUGUCACAGCUUUCCAUGACUCUGUGUUUUAUUUGUAAAAAAGUUUUCUAGCUCAUGUAUAGUGCAUUGAGUUUUGUUUGCAUAUAGGUGUAUAUUUAAGUAUACAUUCAUAUACAAGCAUUCAUCCAUGCAUACUCCAAAUGUCUGCCUUGUGUUUGACAAAAUAAAGAGAACAAAAACCAUCA